GCAGUACUUCCAGGUUCCGCCUCCCUCUGCAUUGAGACGAGUGUAGCUGGGUGUCCAUUCAAACCCGUCCAAACUCCCGGGAAUGAGACUCGUCUCAGCACACAGGCAUUAGAGCAGCGAAACAAGCGAGCACCCUUCACCGCGGAGAGGAAAAGAAACACCAACUUUAACCAACAGAGAGAGAGAGAGAGAGAGAGAGAGAGAGGGGAGCAGCAACAACACUUACCGGAGAAACACUGACAGCAACUCUCCGGCAACACUGCAAACAUGGCGAGCGCCUCCUACCACAUCUCCAAUCUUUUGGAGAAAAUGACAUCUAGCGAUAAGGAUUUCAGGUUCAUGGCCACAAAUGAUUUGAUGUCCGAACUUCAGAAAGAUUCCAUCAAGUUGGAUGAUGACAGUGAGCGCAAGGUGGUCAAGAUGAUCCUGAAGCUACUUGAGGAUAAGAAUGGAGAGGUGCAGAACUUGGCAGUCAAAUGUCUAGGACCACUGGUCAGUAAAGUGAAGGAGUAUCAAGUGGAAACUAUUGUAGAUACACUGUGUACAAACAUGCUGUCAGACAAGGAACAGCUGAGGGAUAUCUCCAGCAUUGGCUUAAAAACAGUGAUUGGAGAACUUCCUCCAGCUUCCAGUGGCUCUGCUCUAGCUGCCAGCGUUUGUAAAAAGAUUACAGGACGCCUUACAAGUGCCAUAGCCAAGCAAGAAGAUGUCUCUGUUCAGUUGGAAGCUUUAGACAUAAUGGCAGAUAUGCUAUGCAGGCAAGGAGGCCUUCUGGUUAAUUUCCACCCAUCAAUUCUGAGCUGCCUACUUCCACAGCUGACUAGCCCAAGGCUGGCUGUAAGGAAAAGAACAAUCAUCGCUCUAGGCCACCUUGUCAUGAGCUGCGGGAAUCUAGUGUUUGUGGACCUUAUCGAGCACCUGCUCGCAGAGCUGUCCAAGAACGAGUCCAUGUCAACCACCAGGACCUACAUACAGUGCAUCGCUGCAAUCAGCAGACAAGCAGGCCAUAGAAUCGGUGAAUAUUUGGAGAAGAUCAUUCCCCUGGUGGUUAAAUUCUGUAACAUAGAUGAUGAUGAGUUAAGGGAAUACUGCAUCCAAGCCUUUGAGUCUUUCGUAAGGAGGUGCCCAAAAGAAGUCUAUCCCCACGUUUCCACUGUUAUUGCUAUCUGUCUAAAGUACCUGACCUAUGACCCCAAUUACAACUAUGACGAUGAGGAUGAAGAUGAGAAUGCCAUGGAUGCAGAUGGAGGAGAUGAAGAUUAUCAAGGAAGUGAUGAUGAGUACAGUGACGAUGACGACAUGAGCUGGAAGGUGCGGCGCGCUGCUGCCAAGUGCCUGGACGCGGUGGUCAGCACUCGACACGAGAUGUUACCCGAGUUCUACAAGACCGUCUCCCCAGCACUGAUCGGCAGGUUUAAGGAGCGGGAGGAGAAUGUCAAAGCGGAUGUAUUUCACGCGUACCUGUCUCUGCUUAAGCAGACUCGACCAGCCCAGAGCUGGCUGUGUGAUCCUGACGCCAUGGAGCAAGGGGAGACCCCGCUGACUAUGCUUCAGAGUCAGGUUCCUAACAUUGUGAAAGCACUUCACAAACAGAUGAAGGAGAAGAGUGUGAAGACUCGGCAGUGUUGCUUCAAUAUGCUGACGGAGCUGGUGAACGUGUUACCUGGGGCGCUCACGCAGCACAUUCCUGUUCUCGUUCCAGGCAUCAUUUUCUCGCUCAAUGAUAAAUCCAGCUCGUCAAACCUGAAGAUAGAUGCUCUCUCCUGUCUGUAUGUCAUUCUGUGUAACCACACCCCUCAAGUCUUCCACCCUCACGUUCAGGCUCUAGUACCUCCAGUAGUGGCCUGUGUUGGGGACCCUUUCUAUAAAAUCACAUCUGAGGCCCUGCUGGUCACGCAACAGCUUGUAAAAGUCAUACGCCCGCUGUACCCCCAGACGGCUGCUUUUGACGCAACUCCGUACAUUAAAGAUCUCUUCUCUUGCACCAUCAAGAGGCUGAAGGCGGCAGACAUCGACCAGGAGGUGAAGGAGAGGGCGAUAUCCUGCAUGGGCCAGAUCAUCUGCAACCUGGGAGACAGUCUUGGCAGCGACCUGCCCAGCACCUUGCAGAUAUUCCUGGAGCGGCUGAAGAACGAGAUCACCAGGCUCACCACGGUGAAGGCUUUGACUCUCAUUGCCGGCUCUCCCCUCAAGAUAGACUUGAGGCCUAUCCUUGAGGAGGGGGUGCCUAUCCUGGCCUCCUUCCUCAGGAAGAACCAGCGGGCGCUGAAGCUGAGCACUCUGGCCGGCCUGGAUAUCCUAAUGAAGAAUUACAGCGACAGCGUGACUCCCGCCAUGAUCGAUGCCGUUCUGGUGGAGCUUCCGCCGCUGAUCAGUGAGAGCGACAUGCACGUAUCUCAGAUGGCGAUCAGUUUCCUCACCACCCUGGCCAAAGUGCACCCGGCCUCUCUCUCCAAGAUCAGCGGCUCUAUCCUCACUGAACUGAUUGCGCUGGUGCGUUCACCGCUGCUGCAGGGGGGUGCCCUUGGCGCCAUGCUUGAGUUUUUCCAGGCUCUGGUGGCUACUCACACAGCCAGUCUAGGUUACAUGGACCUGUUGCGCAUGUUGACUGGACCAGUCUACGCACAGAGCACAGCGCUUACCCACAAGCAGUCUUACUAUUCCAUUGCCAAAUGCGUGGCAGCACUCACACGAGCGUGCCCCAAAGAGGGACCAGCGGUGGUCGGGCAGUUCAUCCAAGACGUGAAGAACUCGCGGUCCACCGAUUCCAUCCGCCUCCUGGCUCUGCUGUCUCUGGGGGAGGUGGGGCACCACAUCGACUUGAGCGGCCAGCCCGAGCUGAAGUCGGUCAUCCUGGAUGCGUUCUCAUCCACCAGUGAAGAAGUCAAGUCGGCAGCCUCCUAUGCACUGGGCAGCAUCAGCGUAGGCAACCUGCCGGAGUACCUGCCUUUUGUCCUUCAGGAGAUCUCCAGCCAGCCCAAACGGCAGUACUUGCUCCUCCAUUCCCUGAAGGAGAUCAUCGGCUCCGCUUCGGUGGCCGGCCUCAAGCCCUAUGUGGAGAGUGUGUGGGCUUUACUGCUGAAGCACUGCGAGUGCACGGAAGAAGGGACCAGGAAUGUGGUGGCGGAAUGCCUGGGCAAGCUCACUUUGAUAGACCCCGAGACACUGCUGCCACGACUCAAGGGAUACCUGCUGUCAGGUUCUUCAUAUGCACGUAGCUCAGUGGUAACUGCUGUGAAGUUUACAAUUUCCGAUCACCCGCAGAUAAUUGAUCCUCUUCUAAAGAAUUGCAUAGGCGAUUUCCUAAAGACUUUGGAAGACCCGGACCUCAACGUAAGGAGAGUGACUCUUGUCACAUUCAAUUCUGCAGCACACAAUAAACCUUCUCUUAUAAGAGACCUCUUAGACACAGUUCUCCCUCAUCUUUACAAUGAAACAAAAGUCAGAAAGGAGCUGAUCAGAGAGGUGGAAAUGGGACCAUUUAAACACACAGUGGACGAUGGCUUGGAUAUCCGAAAGGCAGCCUUUGAGUGCAUGUACACGCUUCUGGAUAGCUGUUUAGAUAGACUGGACAUCUUCGAAUUCCUUAACCACGUUGAAGAUGGAUUAAAGGACCAUUAUGAUAUCAAGAUGCUGACUUUCUUGAUGCUAGCUAGACUCUCUUCACUCUGUCCCAGUGCGGUUCUGCAGAGAUUGGACAGGCUAGUGGAACCAUUGCGAGCUACAUGCACAACUAAGGUGAAGGCCAACUCAGUGAAGCAGGAGUUUGAGAAGCAGGAUGAGCUGAAGAGGUCGGCCAUGCGGGCAGUAGCAGCACUCCUAACCAUUCCCGAAGCGGAGAAGAGUCCACUAAUGAGUGAGUUCCAGUCUCAGAUCAGCUCCAACCCCGAGCUGGCAGCCAUCUUCGAGAGCAUCCAGAAGGACUCCUCCUCCGCUAACAUGGAGUGCAUGGACACCAGUUAAAAUGUCUGCUUCGAGCCGAGGACCCUUUUAUUAUUCCAUGCAUUGCACUGAAAUUACAGUUUAAAAUGAAACCACAACCAACAAAGCAAAAAUUAAAAAGAAAACAUUGGUAAGAUUCAGAGCUUAUCAUUGUUCCACUUUUACUUUCAACAAAAUGGUAUGUUUGUUUUUUUCUUUUCUUCUUCCGUGAAGCUGCAAAGAGCAGAGGGUACUUCUACACAGCACUAGGUAGCGAAAAAAUUAAAUCGCAGUCUGCUUUAAGUCGCUGAUGGGAGAUUUAUGGAGUUACUGUGUAUGAGUAGCAUCUGAUAUGCUUUUUGACUAAAUUUGGGGGUAAGGGUAGGAUUUAAACCUCAUGUAAGUUCAUAACAUUUUUUUUCAUUCCUUUUGAGUUUUCAUGCUGUUCACAUACAAUUGUGUUUUGUACAAUUGAAAUGUUACCAUUUCUGACUAAUCUUUCUUUGUCCCAGUUGUCCGGAUACAAACUAUGACUGGCAGCAAAAAGAACCUGCUUUUGUAUGAUUUUACAUUAAAGUGGUGUAGCACAAUUGGUAAAAAUGCAAGUAAUAUCUCCAUGUCAUUUCCUAAGGUGAAUGGAGAGCUAUCUAUUGUGCUGUACCUUGGCAAUACAUUUUUGCAUGAGCUAGAAACCCAGUGUUAACUUGUAUUAUAACCGCAUGUACACUUGAAUCAAUACAUGUCUACUAUCAUUCUGUGACCAUUUAGAAUGUGUCUUUCUAACAUUGAAAUUGUUAUUUGUUGCACACCUGAGGCUAGAAUUAAGAGAAGUCUCUUGUGUGCCAGGGCUUUGGUAUAAUGGUUUCUGUCACUGAAACAUUAUAACACCAGAAGAAGUGGGUACAAUAUAGAUGAUUUCCAUGCAAAACACAGAAUGUUUUUCUCAGUUUACUGGGCAGCCUCAGAUGUCUGUAGGACUUUUUUUUUUUUUUUUUUUUUGGUGUGGUUACUGUCAUCAUCCAUUGGACGACAUGCAGUUUUUAAGUAGGGUUGAUUUAGAUUCAGUUUCAUUUCCAGAACAUUUAAACUUUGAGAAUAAACAAGUUUAAAUAAUUAAACUUUAAUAUGCAUGGAAUUUGUUACAGAUCACAAAACCCAUCAUUUUAAAUCCAUACAGCAGUGUGCAGUUUUAUAUUUUGUACUUGUAGAAGAAUGAAUGUGCUUCACACUGUAGAUAUACCUCUGUCAACACCAGUUGCUAACAUUACACUUUGCUAAUGCUUAAACAAAGUGGUUGGGAGUAGGGGGACUUUGUGCUUCUUCAUACAGUUAAAUUGAUGUCGUGUGGUUUUGAAAUUGGGAAGCAUUGUUUUGGAAGGUGAUGCAAGAGUGUAGUAUAUAUUUUACCUUUUUUAGGAUGUUUCCAAUCUGUCUGAGCUCUGUUGCUUCACUAUAGAAUUUUAACCACUACCUGUCCACAAAUAGACACCUCUUGAAUUUUGAAAAUUGGUUUAUUGCAUGGAGCGUGCACACACUUGAAAGGUCUGUUCUGUGCACCUCCCCAAUCUGAUUAUUUUGUAGGGAAUUCCUUUUCCCUGGGACUGCCACCAUAGUGAAAUAAAACCUGCUCCAGUCUA